AUGGCGAAGGCGGACCAGCGUUUCGGUCAGCGCGACGGCUCGGACCAGAACUUUGACUACAUGUUCAAGCUGCUGAUCAUCGGGAACAGCAGCGUGGGAAAGACCUCCUUCCUGUUCCGUUACGCAGACGACUCCUUUAGCAACUCCUUCGUCUCCACGGUGGGAAUCGACUUCAAGGUGAAGACCGUGUACCGCAACGAGAAGAGGAUCAAGCUGCAGAUCUGGGACACGGCGGGGCAGGAGCGGUACCGCACCAUCACCACGGCUUAUUACCGCGGCGCCAUGGGCUUCAUCCUCAUGUAUGACAUCACCAACGAGGAGUCCUUCAACGCCGUGCAAGACUGCCGCUGCUCCUCCACAGGCAGGACUGGUGAGUGCGGGGAGCUCGGACUGCAGCCGCUGCUCCUCCACAGGCAGGACUGGGCGACCCAGAUCAAGACCUACUCCUGGGACAACGCUCAGGUCAUUCUGGUCGGAAACAAAUGUGACGUGGACGAGGAGCGAGUGGUUCCUCUGGAGAAGGGGAAGCACCUGGCGGACCAGCUGGGAUUCGAGUAUUACGAGGCGAGUGCGAAGGAGAACAUAAACGUGCGUCAGGUGUUUGAGCGUCUGGUCGACAUCAUCUGUGUGAAGAUGUCCGAGCGCGUGGACGUAGAAGCCCCCGUUGCCGCGGCAACCAAGACCACGCGGCUCACGGACAAGCCCGCCCAGCUGCCCCAGAAGUGCUGCUGA